AUGCCCUUCACGGAUCUUCCCCUGGAGCUCAUUCACAUGGUACUCUCCCAAAAGUGCAUUUCCAUCGACGAUAUCCAGCCAUUUCUCAGGUGCAAGCGAACGUCCACAGCCGCUUACCACAGGUUAUUUUCCGAUAGAGCCAUCCACAUCACAUGCCUGGAAAAGCACGCCUUCAUGGACGACCAUUACGACUUUGGCGUCUACGGGAAAACUUUGGGCAGUGAUGAUGAUGCCUUGAGAUGUCGUUUACUCCACUGUGUGAAACCAGCAAAAGCUCGUCUUGCUAUUCUCAAACGAAGCUCCCAGAUCACUUUGAACAUCACGUUUGACGAGUGUUCCACCCCGGCGUUGGUGGAAAACUUAGCUACUUUGGCGUCGCACCUCCAGUGCUCAAAGCCUAAGGACUUGCACUUGCACGUUUCCAUCGCCUAUAAGAAUAACGCCUUGUUGCUGGCGGCUGUCAACGCCUUGAUAUGCUUGACUUCCUUGCCUACUUGUACUACCCAUCUUAAGGUAUCGUUGCACGCUCGCCAUCUAGCUCAUUUUGCAGCCAUUGUGCCUAGACUAACGCUAGAGUCUUUGAACAUCAAAAUAGAGAGAAUGGAUUGUGACUUAAAAGAGGCGGUGGUUCUCGACGUCUCAAAGCUUUCAAAGUUGAAGUUGAUAGCUAACCACGCCAUUCCGAACUUGUCCUUCACCGGUUGCGAAAACGCUGAUUUGUGCAAUUUGGAGCUUCAAUUACCCAUCCUGCUCAACUCAAAGUGGAUCCAGGAUUGCCAACUUCGACACCUUUCUUCUUUGAAAGAUCUUCGGAUCUUCACUGUCAACGACUGCCCCUCGUUGCAUUUUCUUUUGCCUAUUUCUUACACCCUCCCCAACUUGCUCAAUUUAUACCUAUCAUUCACCGAGCUGGUUGGCGACAUCGAUUGCUUUGACUUUGACAGUCUAGCGCCCUCUUUGACGUUCCUAUUUAUUCAAGAUCAGCGGUCCACGAAGACUGCUAACAAGGUUUGUACAUACACGGUAUAG